UUUAUCAAUGAAAUCACGCGAUGUAAACAGUGUAGUAGUAGUAGUAGUAAUAGUAAGUUACAUCGUCUGCAUCGGUGUUAUAAACAACAACAAUGGAUUCUAGUGACCAAAGCGCUAACAAUUUUCCUCCUGUAGGGGCAAUAUGUAUGAUAUGACGCUAAAUGGGAGAGUGGAGAGUUACUAGAUAUUUGUUUGAUGGUUUAGUGAUGAAAUGUGAGCUUCAAUGUGUUCUGUCGAAACAGAAAAACUUCAAGAUUCCUGCAUGAAAUAACCGAGAAUUCCACAAAUACCUACCAGGAACUUAAUGACUAUCUGUUACAGCUGACAGGAAUGACUAAUGAUGAAAUGAACAAUAUUUUUGAUGAAGAUGUUAGUUUUGAUGAAAUUGGUGCACAGGAGCCACCAAAAAAAGAUUUAAAGAUGUGUCAACUGAACUGGUGCAGAAUCUUAAAGCACAAACAACUGAACAAACAACUAACCAUCAAACUAAGUGGGCAGUAAAACUUUUAAAAGACUGGAUGAUUGAAACAGACUUGGGGCAUAAUGACUUUGAAUGGCUGCCAACAGAUGAACUUGACAGUGUGCUGGGAAAUUUUUGUGCUGCCUUGCAAACCAAAGAUGGUCAGGAAUACUCAAAAUCAGCUCUAGUAGGAAUUCGGGCGGGAAUAAACAGACAUCUUACCUCACCAAAUGUAGGUCGCAUCAUUAACAUUAUGAAAGAUCGGGAGUUUAUGGCUUCAAAUCAAGUUCUUACUGGUCUUGUGAAAUCCCUCAAAAGAGAGGGCAAGGAUUUAAGCACCCACAAAGAACCGAUUGAGGAUGAUGACAUUGGAAAACUAUAUGCAUCCGGGGUCUUUGACGAGACAAAACCUGAAACUCUGCAAAAUAAGGUAUUGUUUGACAUCAUUGGCCAGUUUGGCCAUAGAGGAAGAGAGGGCCUUAGAAAUUUAAAAAAGUCUUCUUUUGUUGUGAAAAAUGAUGCAAAGGGCCGUAAAUUUGUUCAAAUGGCAUACAAUGAGGCCGACAAGACCCAUCAUGGAAUUGAUUGCAAAGAAAAUGUAAAAGCCCCAAGAAUGUAUGAAAGCAAUGAUGAGUUCUGCCCUGUUCGGUCAUUUGAGAAAUAUAGUAAAAAACUUAAUGCAAAGCUUGAUGACUUUUUCCAAAGACCUCUAAUCAAAGUCACUGAAAAUGAUGAAACAUGGUAUGCUGCAAGGCCUGUUGGAAUAAAUACACUUUGUAACUUCAUGUCUACACUGUCAAGAGAAGCGGGUUUGAGCAAACGCUAUACGAAUCAUUGUAUACGUGCGUACAUAUCAACAAAACUGUUCACAGCAGGCUUCAGCAACAGGGCCUUUAUGUCUGUGACAAGACACAGAAAUGAAAAGAGUCUUACCUCUUACAUCAAGCCAUUCGAAGACGAGCACCAGGCCGUCAGUCGUGCAUUGUAUCCAAGCUCAAGCGUUGUUGAAGUUGUUAAUCCUGAAAAGGUCACCCUAACAGUAACAACUAUUUCUAGUAAUAGUAUCCCUCCAAGCACUGGAAAUUCAACUUGAAGUCAUGCACCUUCACAGCACACAGUAGAUGUCAGUGUUCUCCAGAACAGAGCUAAUCUGAACAUGUUUAGUGGAAAUGUAACCAACACCAACAGUUCCAUACAAAUCAACAUGUAUUCCAAAUAAAAUCCGUGUACACUGAUUGAACUACAGCUACUGUUUAGUUGAUUUGUCAAAAUUGUUGUGACACUGCCUCUGUCUGACACUGAAAUUCAAAUUGUUUACAGGUUCCUGUGUUGUCUUUCAAGUUAUCUAAUGAAUUCACAUUUUAGAUAACACAUCUUUUAUUUUAGAAUUUAUCAAUAAAUUGUCGAGAUUUAUCCAAAUAAUUUGGCAAAUAAAAUUAACGUUGCACUGUUGAACACGCUUGUUUCACUUUCAAGACUGUAGCCCGGCACUAGCCUAAUGGUUCCAGGUAUUUUAUUAUUAUUUUUUAUCCUAGCAUAAUACAAUUUACACGCUACAAUAUUUUUGUUAAACUAAUCAUUUUUAUCAUGAAACAUUUUUUUCUUAUUCAGACACGGAACGUCGUAUUCUUUUCUUUUUUGCAAAGUCCUAAUUACAGGGGGGAAAUUGAACAGCAAAAAGAACGCGUUGCUUUAUAGCGGCAAUGGAAGUAAUGCGUCUAUUUACGCCUAUAAAAGGACUCUCGAUUAGCCUCCCAUUCUGGUG